UUGGCUGGAGCUAUUAACUACAAUGCAGGGUUUGAGCAGGCAAUGGGUUCAGAGCUGCUACUUAACUGUAUCUUGCUGCUGUGCCGUGGUACUGUUAUGCCUAUGGACCUUGUGUCUGUCACAACCAGCUCUGGUACUCGCUGUUUUUCUUUUCUUAGUGUGGCUUGGGGCUUUAUCUCAGAUGUGGACAUAGAAAGUGAAAAGUACAGACACAUGGGCUCUGCUCGCUUCACUUUUGGGACCAUGGUAAGAGUUGCUUCCCUGCGUACUUACAGAGGACGCCUUUCCUAUCUGCCUGUAUUAGAUGCUCACCGUCCCAUUUGCAGGAGUAUCACCCUAUCUCCCAAUGGAAGCCUUGCUCCAUUACAGCGUUCCCAGCUGCACCGUACUAUUUCUGAUAUGGGUCUUUGUGAAGAGCGUAAUAUUAUGUAUGAAAGAAGCUCUGCUGCACUCGACACUAAUGAGCUACCAAGCUUUGAGACUUCACCCUCUCCUGGCUCUCCAACAGCAUUGCACACCAACCAGUUCACGUUUGACUCCGUGCCUGAUGACCUGCCUGAGCAUGACCAUGUGCUACCAAAUGAUGUAGAGCAUUCUAUUCACAACCAGGUAAAUGGACCCAUUGAUGAUCUUCUG